UGUAAAUAAUCAAAUAGAUGUACUUGAUUAUGUGGACCUAGUAUGACUAUUUUAUAGUAGAUAAAAAUGGUACUUCUCUUUUAAUAGAGAAAUAUGAAAUAAUGAAUGAUAUUUUAUCUAUUUAUUUAAAUAAAGUAACUUGUUAAAAAUAUGUUAAUUUACCAAUUUAAUUAAAUUUUCAUUUUGAUUCAUUUAUUACUUCUAUUUUAAUAUAAUAUUAGAUUUUGAUCUGCGGUUUCAAAUUGCGGAAUAAAUUUUUGGACAUUAAUUUUUUUUUUGUCAAAUAUAAUUAACAAUUGAAUUUAAAUAAUUAAUUUGUAAAGUUUAUAAGUUAGAAUUUUUGUACUUUGGUGAGGUAUAAUAGAUAUUAAGUCUCUCUAGAGUUAAUAAUGACUUGUAAAAUAAGUUAUAAUAUUUACAAGUACAACACUUCACCCGUUAUUAUUUAGAUGCUUUAAAUUUUAUUCUGAAUUUAUUUUGAUUUAUAUAUAUAGUUGCAAAAUCAUAACUUACAUUAUUUGUAAUCUUAUAACCUAAAUAUUUUAUGGAUGACCUUGUGUUCACAACGUGAUUAAAUUCAAGUAUAUAGUUGGAAAUUGUUAUUUACAUUUUUGAAAAAUCUGCUUAGUACGUUGCAGAUGGAUAUAUAAGGGAUAUAUAUACAAUUGUUGAUGAACUGGGAAUCCCAACAGAACUUCUCCCUAUAUGCUUGCUACCUACGGUUUCCCCUAACCAGAAAGCUGAUUAUGAACCUCUGAUUGAUGGAGUUCGAUCUCGAAUGAUUAUUUGGUCGACAAAACUCUGUUCUUUGUUGGCUUCUUUCAAUUAGUCCAGUCCGUGACUGUAAACAGUAUAAACUUCCGAAGCUAUGCAUUUUGUCUUCCUAAAAAGUGUUUCGAGAAAACAGAAAGUCUUUGCACAGCCUUCUUGUGCUCUGGUUCUCCAAACCCAAAAGUUAAAGGAGGAAUAGGACUCUUACACAAAAUUGCUCAAGCGUUCUCCUUAAAACUGAUAUGGCGUCGUGUCUCGAAUGAGCAAUCUCUUUGGAUAGAAUGGACAGUACAUGUCAUCUUGUUAAGCUAGCUCAGCUUUUGGGUUGAGUUCUUAAUCACCUAUGGCUUUAAUUCGGUCUAAUCCGAAUACGACAUCCGACCCCAACGUGUACUAUCUACGCGAUAAUGGAGUCCAAUUUUGAUAGAGGCCUAACUUGAUCUCAUUUCACCAUCUUCCAACAUGAUAGAAAAAACAAAAAAAGGUGAAAUAAGAUAUAUCGUCAUUUGUUUAGUUGUUACAAUUAUAUGAUCUCCUUUGUAAAGUACCAAAGGACAGACUGAUCUUUAAAUUUUAUAUAAGUAAAAAUUUAAAAAGGGUCCACAUUUCUCACCCCACCGACGAUUUUUAUUUCUCUUUUUGGAGCACCAUCUUUUAUUACACGCACAAAUCUUUUGUCCUUUUGUCAAUCAAUCAAAGAGUGUUGGGUUGUUGAAGAAAAACUAAUAAAAGACUUUGUUUUGUUUCUUUCUUUAAAAAGAGAAAGACUUGUUUCACUGCUCUGACGGUCUAGGAAACUUCCAUUUUUUUGUAUUAAUUUGACUUUUUCCCGGUUUAAGAUUUGUGUAAGUCCGGUUCGUUGGAUCAAUUUCGGUGAUUUCGUUCGGUUUAUGCCUCUGUAAAUCAUGCCGACCAACAAUAAAAAAGACAGAACAAAAUAUGGAGAGAGACAAAGAAAAAUAUAUGAGAUUUCUUGUCACUUUACUUGCACAUAAAAAGCGAACAUCUUUCGAUCAUUCAAUCUUCUUGUCCUAAACUUAUUGAAAUCGAAAAAGAAAACAAAUGUUUUAUAAAUUCAUAUAAAUCUCAAACUCCAACAUAAAAAAAAAAAGAGUAAGGACUACUAAUCAUCAAGUUUUGACCACUUCUCUCCAUCUGGGUUUCAUCUUCAGUUCCCAUUUUGUCAACUCAAGUUCAGCCCCAAAGAGAGGAGAGAGCGAUCUUUCUUUUUGUCUUUGCUAUUCACAAAUUGAGAUUAUUGUUUCUUUCUCAAGUCUUUUUUUUUGUUUUUGAUUACAUUUAUGGACGUCUCUUGAUUUCUCUUUAUAGCCCCUCUUUCUAAAAGCCAUUUUGUUUCUUUCUGAUUGUACCAAGAAUGAUUGAUCAUCAAAAGGGUUUUGAUUUGACAGGUUUCUUCUAACUAUAAAAAAAAGACCAUCAAAAUCUUAAAAACUUUUUGAAAUGGGAUCUGGAACUGGGUUUUACUCAGAUCAACUAGAUCCUAAAUGGGUCGUUGAUCCUCAACAUCUCUUUGUUGGUCCCAAGAUUGGUGAAGGAUCUCAUGCCAAAAUCUAUGAAGGAAAGUAUAAAAACAAAACAGUUGCUAUAAAGAUUAUUAAAAAGGGAGAAUCUCCUGAAGAGAUUGCCAAAAGAGAUAGCAGAUUUGCGAGAGAGGUCUCUAUGUUGUCUAAAGUUCAACACAAGAAUUUAGUCAAGUUCAUUGGAGCUUGCAAAGAACCAAUCAUGGUUAUAGUCACCGAGCUUUUACUCGGUGGUACAUUGCGUAAAUACCUUGUGAGUUUGCGUCCAGGGCGUUUGGACAUACGUUUAGCUGUUGGGUUUGCUCUUGACAUUGCUCGCGCAAUGGAAUGUUUACACUCUCAUGGAAUCAUUCAUCGUGACCUCAAACCAGAGAACUUGAUCUUGACCUCAGAUUACAAGACUGUUAAACUAGCGGAUUUCGGUUUAGCUAGGGAAGAGUCACUAACCGAGAUGAUGACUGCAGAAACUGGUACUUAUCGUUGGAUGGCUCCUGAGCUUUAUAGCACGGUCACGUUGAGGCAAGGUGAGAAAAAACACUAUAACCACAAGGUAGAUGCGUACAGCUUCGCCAUUGUCUUGUGGGAGCUUAUCCACAACAAGUUACCUUUCGAAGGCAUGUCGAAUCUCCAAGCUGCUUAUGCUGCUGCAUUCAAGAACGUGAGGCCGAGUGCAGAGGAUUUACCGGAGGAUUUAGCAAUGAUAGUAACAUCUUGCUGGAAAGAAGAUCCAAACGACCGACCAAACUUCACAGAGAUUAUUCAACUUCUCUUACGUUACCUCUCCACAAUCUCAGCACCGGAGCUUGUUCCUCCCUCAAUGAAACGUGUUUUCUCGUCAGAAAACACCGUUCUGCCACCAGAAUCGCCGGGAACUUGCUCACUGAUGGCUGUUAGAGACGGAGAUCAGAUUACUACAGACACAAACUCGCCUGAAAAGGAAGGCAGAGGAAGCUUCUUUUUCUGCUGCUAAUUUUAGAUGAUUGUGAUUGGUUUAUUGGUUUAAUAAAAGGGAAUGGAGAGAAAGUGGUUUAAAAUAUGUAAUGAAUAAUAAAUGUAUUUAAUUUGGUGAAAGAUUUACAGCUUAGAGUUAUUGUUAUAAAUUCGUUGAAAUUAUGUAUAGUUUGGUCAUGUUUUUCAA